AUGCUCUUAGGCUACCGCGGUAGCGGAUAUUAUGGAAUGCAAUACAACUCACCGCAUAAAACGAUUGAGGGCGAGAUUCUUGCCAAGCUAUUCGAAGUUGGGGCCAUUUCCGAGGAGAAUUCUUCGGCACCGAAGAAAAACUCCUUCAUGGCGGCGGCAAGAACAGACAAGGGGGUACAUGCCAUGUUGAAUCUACUGUCGCUAAAGAUCUCAGUGCAAAAAGACACAGUUGCAAAGUUGAAUGCCGCAUUGCCGCCCGAAAUACGCGUGUGGGGUAUCCAGCCUGUCAACAAGAAGUUCAAUGCCAGAUCCGCAUGCGAUUCCCGCUGGUACGAAUACCUUGUCCCAGAAUUUGCACUUAUUGGUCCACCCCGGAGUUCCGCUUUGUACCAAAACGUGGGGGCAUCAUACUGCGAAGACGGCUCACAAGAGAUGUGGGAUGCGUUCCUGGAACAGACGCGCGGGAGGUUUAGCGGGGAUGAGCUGUGUUGUUUUCAGGACACUGCACAGAAACUAUGUGAGGACGAUCCUCUAAUGCAAGACUAUGUAGAACUUUUGAGCGGCAUCCUCAGCCGCUACUGCUUGCCGCGCUCGAAGCUGCAAGCUUUUGAGGCGGCCAUGCAGCAAUACGUGGGAACGCAUAAUUUUCAUAAUUUCACCACAGGCAAGCUCGCUGAGGACCCCAGUGCUCAACGCCAUAUCAAGGAGGUUGUAGUGGCACGGGCCUCACCGCGAUGGAUAAGUGUGCGGAUCCAUGGGCAGUCUUUCAUGCUUCAUCAGAUUCGGCGAAUGGUAGCGCUUGCCGUGCUUGCUGCCCGCUGUCAAUUACCGGCUGACCUUGUGCGCCACUAUUUCACUACCGGGGCUAGGAAAUACAUUCCGAGAGCCCCCGCGCAAGGCCUACUACUAGAAGGGCCUGUGUUUGAUCACUAUAACAACAAGUUGCGCAAGAUGCUGUAUUGCGAAAUUCGCCCGGGUAGUACCACUCUUGAGCACAUGUACCGUUUCCGGGAGCGUUAUAUAUAUACUGCAGUCGCGCACGAGGAGAAUCAGCGUCACGUGUUUUGCCAUUUUAUACGACGCAUGAACCGCCUAGCCACUCCACUAAUCUAG